GCAUCCCCUACGGCCCCACACGCCCCCCAGGAACAGCCUGAACGAGUAUUUCAAGGACAGCAGGAACGUGAAGAAGCUGAAGGACCCCACCAUGCGCUUCAAGCUGCUCAAGCACACCCGGCUGAACGUGGUGGCGUUUCUGAACGAGCUGCCCAAGACCCAGCACGACGUCAACUCCUUCGUGGUGGACAUUUGUGCCCAGACGAACACGCUGCUCUGCUUCACCGUCCACGGCAUCUUCAAGGAAGUGGAUGGGAAGUCCCGGGACUCUGUUCGGGCCUUCACGCGGAUGUUCAUCGCGGUGCCGGCCGGGAACAGCGGGCUGUGCAUCGUGAACGACGAGCUGUUCGUGCGCGGGGCCAGCCCCGAGGAGCUGCGCAAAGCCUUCGCCCUGCCCGCCCCCACGCCCUCCUCCAGCCCCGUGCCCACCCUGACGGCCGAGCAGCAGGAGAUGCUGGCGGCCUUCGCCAUGCAGUCGGGCAUGAACCUCGAGUGGUCCCAGAAGUGAGUAC